CCAAUAGAAAGCGUGUGUUGUUCCUGCUUCCUGAUGUUGAAGACUGCGCUGCAGGAGCGGAUGCUGAGGAUGAGGAUGAGGAUCUCGCGCAAGGAUAAAGCCAGAUGAUCAGAUGGAAACACACGGCUGUUUUAUGUGACAGAACUCAGGGGUCACAAAGGUGGACACUGGCCUCGCUCUACAUGUGUGUGAAGGCAAGAGAGACCGGAGGACUUCUGGAGGGUUUUUAAUUACCAGAAAUGUGCCACUUCAGAAGUGUUUUCACAACUACAGAUCCGUCGUCUGGUUCUGGUUCCUGUGGACAUUUGCCCUUCAUAGCUGAUAGACAAAUAUGGCGAAAAAAGACUAUCUGCUAGAUGCAGCCCAACAGAUUCGAAUGGCGCUGGACCGGGAAGUCAAUGAAGAUUAUGAGGCGGCGUUCAGCUACUAUAAGAAUGGAGUCGAUCUGCUGCUCAAUGGAGUUCAAGUGGAUCCAAAUAAAGAGAGACGUGAAGCCGUGAAGCGGAAGACCACUCAGUAUCUGAAGAGAGCUGAGGAGAUCUUCAUCUCUUACUUACAGGACAACAUCUCUAAAGGAUCCACUCAUUUAGGAGGUUAUAGUAGCUUACGGUUUCGGUCGAUCAGACAUCUAAGUUCGCCGGUGGAGAAUCUGGCGAUGUGCAAAGUCAUUGGAAUCAUUGAUAAGGUGCUGACGGUUGAAAGUCUGAUAAGCAAGGAGACAUUUAUUGUUAAGAGUUUACCCAAGUCCAGCUGGGAGAGUCGUGAGAGGUCGACCAUCAUUCCUCAGGGAGUGCCCUUCAUGGUGAAGCUGCUAAAAUACUAUGUCAGUGAAGACACUGUGUUCCUUCAUCUAGAACAUGUUCAAGGUGGAAGACUCUUUUCCAGACUUCACAGGGUCAGAAGUGAAGCAGUCAGGGAGUAUCCAGAGUGCUUCAGCCCCAACCAGCACAAGAUCUACCUGAAGAACAGCUACACUCUCCCUUCUCUCCACCAGGAGAUUUACCUCAAUGAGAAUUGUGAGAGAACUACACCUCUUGAGAGGGCAGGGAGCCCAGCUGAUCAUUGUCGUGAGAACUGUAGAACCCGUUCCUACUGUGAAGAUACGGGGCGCCAACAGGGGGGUUCUCCAGGCUUGUAUGCAAUGAGGACAGAUAAUGCGCUUCCUUCUGAUGGUUCACACAAUGUUCUUAAUUCUUUACCUCAGGAUAAUGUCCCUCUUCCCGUUCAUCCCUGUGUGAUUGUGGACACUCGGGAUCCUCUUGAUGUCACUUCUGACCUUCUAGGAAAUGAUGUUCGCAUUGAGCGGAUUGACUCUUGCAUAGAUCUAAACAAAGCUUGGAAUUCUUUAGAACCUGCUCAGGAUUGUAAAAAUUUCACUGUUCCAGGAUCAAACUCGGAUAUUCUAGGAUUCAGCAGUGCAGCUCAAAUUACUUCAGCCUCUUUAUUUGGUGAAAACGCACAACCAACCCUUUGCAACACAGUUGAUGUACUUCCACAGAGAGUUCGGAUAGUUCCCAACACAUCACAUUUACCUCCACGAAACCAAGCACAUGAUGGAUUUGCUCAUGAACAGGGUGUUACUAACUGUAAACCCAGUGAAAAUGGACAGCUUUCACAAUUUGUGGCUGAAUUGAGCAAAGUCAGUUCUCAUCGCAAUCCAUUUGAAUGUACAACUCAAAAGCAAGAAGGUAUCUCUUUAGACUGCACAAAGAUGAGUUCUCGGGUGAACACUGUUGAUAUGGUGAGGGAGGUUGGGAAGGAGGACAUGGAAAACUGGCAUAUAUUCAGCCCUUCAUAUAAACAACCACAACUUGGCAUGAUAUCCUUCCCAUCGGCACCUACUACAGACAGCUCCUUUUGGAGUGAGACUAAACUAGAAGACUAUCAGAUGGAACAGCUGGUGAAGGUCGACGGCUUGGACCAUUACACCCAAAUUAAGGCCAAGAAUGGCAAAUGGAAGUGGGGUAGACAGGGACUCCCCGAGGAAAAGGUGCGACUGUGGGGGGCUCAGAUUCUGUUGGCCUUGGAAAGUCUUCACGAGCAGGGCAUCAUGUGUCAGGACCUCAACCCAAGAAAUGUUCUACUUCGCAGCAGUGGUGAGGCAUGUCUUACGUACUUUGGACAGUGGACGGAAGUUCAGCCUGAAAUUAACCCGAAAGCAAUGGAAGAGAUGUACUGUGCACCAGCAGAAAUUGGAGGUGUGUCGAAAAUCACAGAGGCAUGUGAUUGGUGGAGUCUUGGAGCUUUGUUAUAUGAGCUUCUUACCGGCAUGCCGCUGUGGCAGUGCCACCCUACAGGCGUUCACCCUCACACUCCCCUCCAUAUCCCAGAGUUCCUCAGUACUGCAGCCGCCUCACUUCUCACUGAGCUGCUCCAGUAUGACGCGUGUUAUCGCCUGGGAUCAGGAGGCGGCGGCGUGAGCGACAUCAAGUGCCAUCCGUUCUUUACCUCCGUCCCGUGGCUCACACUCAGCCGGUCACUGACGCCGUAGUGCCUUCUGAAAGUAUUCACCCCCUCCAUUUGUUUCUGCCUGUUAAACCUCCAGAUAUUAAAGACCCUGUGUGUUGAGAACUGAUGCGCAAUAUUCCUUACACUGAGUCACACUGAGUGUCCUCUCUUUAAAAUGUAUUUCCCCUUGAAAAUAAUUACUACACGAUUUUGCAAAUCUUUAUUUGGCCUCAUCUACCCAGCUAACAAAAAUACAUUCUAAAAAUGUUUUACUAACGUUCCCAUUAAGUUAUGAAAACGUUAUUUCUAAAUGUUCUUAGAACGUUCAAAAAGUCUCAUUUUUAUUUGACCACACGGCAGAAACAGUGAAUGAGGGUGAAUCUUUACUGAAGCUCUGAAGUGGAUCAGGAUUUAUGGAUUCAUCAUGUACUUUUACCACCAUCUGGUGGCAGCAGGAGUUAUUUCUCCACAUCAGCAGUUUUCUACAUCACAUCACAGACCUGCAGUGAAAGCAGUUGGAUUGCAGGGAAGCCAUAUAAGAAAAAAACAAUCAUGCUUUUGUAAAUCAUAGUUAGGACAUGAAAAGUCAAAAUUAUGACAUACUAAGUCAUAUCUAAGAGAUGAAAAGUCAGUGUGUCAUCAGUGUGAGAUGAAAAUUAGAUAUAUGACUUAAAGAGUAAUAAUUAGGACAAACUGACAUACCAAGUAUUAUGACUUAAAAGUAGAAACUCUAACAUAAAAAGUCAAAAUUAUGACAUACUAUGUCAUAUUUAAUAGAUGAAAAGUCAAAAUUAUGAAAGUCAUAAUUAUGACAAAAUCAUACUAAGUUUACAUUGUGACUUAAAGUACAAAUUCUGACAAAUACAAAAUUCAGACAUAAAAAGUCAUAAUCAUGAUAUAGAAAGUCAAAAAGUUCGACUUUAUCUCAAUUUUUAACUUUCAUAAUUAUGGCUUAGUAUGUCAAUUUUGACUUGUCAUUAUGACUUUUUAUAUCAAUUAUGACAAAAAGUAAAAAUGGUGACACUCAUUUAAGAGAUGAAAAGUCGAAAUUGUGACACUAAGUCGAGACCGACUUGAAAAGUAGAAAUUCUGACUUAAAAAGUCAAUUAUAAUAUCAAAAGUCUAAAUUAUGACAUACUAAGUCAUAUUUAAUAGAUGAAAAGUUAAAGUCAUGAAAGUCAUAAAUAGGACAAAAUCAUACAAAGUCGACAUUGUGAUAAAAGUACAAAUUCUGACAAAAAUUCAAAAUUCAGACAUAAAAAGUCAUAAUUAUGAUAUAGAAAGUCUAAAUUAUGACAGACAAAAUUAUGGCAAAAAUUAAUUAUAACUUAAAAAAUUAUGAGUAUGGCUUAGUGUGUCAUAAUUUCAAUUUAUGUCAAUUUCGACUUUUUAAUCUCAUAAUUAUGGCUGUUUAUGUUCAUGAUUUUUUCUUUAUGUGACAGAAAUGGGCUCCAUUGAAUCAUGCUCAAAUGUCUGGAAAAUGAGUUGAAAUGACAGUUAUCACACACUUCUCACAGAAAGGGCCCUGCAUGAAGCAAAAGGUCGAUUCGGGGCAUUGAAACUUUGUAUUUGCUGUUCUGCAGAUAAAAUGCAAUAUUACUGAACACAAACAUCUAAUCAUGUGUUCUGUCCUCUCCAUUUUCGACUGAAUGUCUUUUCUUGAUCUCACGUGAUUGCGUUGAAUAAAACCACUCAUUUCUUA